AUGGCAGCUAACAAUCCAGAUGGGCAGCAUGCUUUAGAAUAUCAUCAGUUUGAUUUGCAUCAGGACUAUGAUCAUGGCUUUUACACUGGUUUUAAUGGUACAGGUUAUUGUGAGGAGGAUGCUAUUCCUCAUAUAUCUAGCUACCUUCCAAGUAUCUGCCCUCCUCCUUCUGCUUUCUUAGGCCCAAAAUGUGCACUUUGGGACUGUCCAAGACCUGCGCAAGGGUUGGACUGGUGUCAAGACUACUGCAGUAGCUUUCAUGCUGCCCUGGCUUUGAACGAAGGGCCCCCAGGCAUGGCCCCAGUUCUAAGACCUGGGGGAAUUGGUUUGAAGGAUAAUUUACUUUUUGCUGCCCUUAGUGCAAAGGCACAAGGAAAAGAUGUUGGCAUCCCAGAAUGUGAGGGAGCAGCAACUGCUAAGUCUCCGUGGAAUGCACCGGAGCUCUUUGAUCUGUCUGUUCUUGAGGGUGAGACUAUUAGGGAGUGGCUAUUCUUCGAUAAGCCUCGUAGAGCAUUUGAGAGUGGAAACAGAAAGCAAAGGUCAUUGCCAGAUUAUAGUGGACGUGGCUGGCAUGAAUCCAGAAAGCAAGUCAUGAAUGAGUUUGGAGGGCUGAAGAGAUCCUAUUAUAUGGAUCCGCAACCGCUGAACCAUUUUGAGUGGCACCUUUAUGAAUACGAGAUUAGCAAGUGUGAUGCAUGUGCCUUGUACCGAUUGGAACUGAAGCUUGUUGAUGGUAAGAAGAACUCGAAAACAAAGUUAGCUAAUGAUUCAGUUGCUGAUCUGCAGAAGCAGAUGGGAAGACUCUCGGCUGAGUUUCCACAUGACAACAAAAGGGCUGCCAAAGGCAGAGCCAAAAUUAAUGCAAAAGUUGGCAUAGGUGGUGUCUAUUCAGCUUCACACAGGGUGACUCCACUGAAUGGAGUGUACGAGUAUGGGUUAGCUGCACCAUAUGACUACCUUGUUGAGAACAUGGGCGACUACUAUGGGACAUGA